AUGUCUGCAUACGGCGGGUACACGAAAACCGGAUACGGUGCCCAGGGAGGCGACGACGCGGGCGGCUUCGUCUAUGGCGGUUCACAGCAGAACAGCCAAGGCGGCGGCAAGGCAUACAGCGAAGAAUCACUUCGUCCCGUAACGAUUAAGCAAAUCAUUGAUGCAGAGGAGGCCUACCCUGGCAGCCCAGACUUCCGCAUCGAUGGUACCACAGUCACACAAGUAACUUUCGUAGCCCAGAUCCGCCAAAUCUCUCCUCAACCAACAAACAUCACCCUUAAACUCGACGAUGGCACGGGCGUGAUCGAGGCGAAGAAAUGGGUCGAUACUGAUAAGAAGGAUGAUGACGCCUCCAACCUCGAGCUGGAGGGCUACGUCCGCGUCUGGGGUCGCCUCAAGUCCUUCAACGGCAAACGUCACGUCGGCGCCCACUUCAUCCGACCCGUUUCCGACUUCAACGAGGUUAACUACCACCUUCUCGAGGCUACCUAUGUCCACCUCUACUACACCAAGGGCCCGCUAAAUGGCGGCGGCGGUGCUGGUGCGGGCGGUGGCGAUGGCAUGUUUGUUGACGGCAACGACGGAUAUGACGGUGCGGCACAGGGCGGCAAUACCGGUGGUUCGGCACAUGCAGGCAAGCUGAGGGGCUGCUCACCUGCUGCUCAGAAGAUGUUCAACUUCAUCAACAACGCACCCGGCGGAAACGAGGGUGUGCACAUCAACCAAAUCUCGAGCGGGGCUGGCUUGAGCAUACGAGACGUGAUGGGUGCGGCAGACGAGUUGCUUGGCCAGGGCCUGAUUUACACCACCAUCGAUGACGAGACAUGGGCUAUUCUUGAUUAUUGA